AUGGAGAGCAGCCAUCUAAGUUGCUUCCCAUCGCGUCGCGGCACCGAUUUUUUAAGAACAUCCGCGUCGCGGCAGCGGCACGGUGCCAAAUUUUGGAAACGUCCGCAUCAUGCUGCUAAACAAGAACUGCUAGAUGAAUGUCAUCUACAGUAUGCUCACAAUGCAAUUAAACUUUAUAAAAUUGAUGAAUUUGAACAAAACUAUGCAUCAGAUGAAGCUGUAUAUUGGUAUACACGUGACAUGUGUCUAUAUCGUAUGAUGAAUAAAGCCCUACGCACACAAGAUCUUCGUAUCUUAUAUAAAAUGAAAUUUUUUAUUAAAGAUCUUCAUCAGAAUUUACAAAAAUUGUAUGAUGAAUCAAAUUUUAAGUCAAUCGUAACAGUUUACCGUGGUCAAAAUAUGCCAUCAGAUGAGUUUAAUAAGCCAUUAUAA